CUGCACUAUGAGACCCUCCUGGGCAGCAGAGUUUGUCUCCACCUGGCAGCAGCUGCCUGGGCUUCUGGCUUUAUCUAUGCUCUGCUGCACACAGCCAACACAUUUUCCCUGCCCCUCUGCCAGGGCAAUGCUGUGGACCAGUUCUUCUGUGAAAUCCCCCAGAUCCUCAAGCUCUCCUGCUCCACAUCCUACCUCAGAGAACUCUGGCUUCUUGUGGCCAGUGUCUGUUUAGUCUUUGUCUGUUUUGUGUUCAUUGUGGUGUCCUAUGUACAGAUCUUCAGGGCAGUGCUGAGGAUCCCCUCUCAGCAGGGAUGCCACAAAGCCUUUGCCACCUGCCUCCCUCACCUGGCUGUGGUCUCCCUAUUUCUCAGCACUACAUUCUUUGCCAACCUGAAGCCCUCCUCCAUCUCUUCCCCAUCCCGGGACCUGGUGGUGUCAGUUCUGUAUGCAGUGGUGCCU